AUGUCGAAGCGCAUCCGCCUCUCCGCCUUCUCCGCGCCUCGAUGUUCGCAUCCGAAUCUGCAAUCAUGCAGCGCCCUCCAACACACCACCGUCCGCGGUAACCCAUCCCUCCAAUGCCUUCGCCUCAGACCACGACAACCCUUCUCCACCACCGCCCAGCACCGCGUUGGCGCAUCCCGCAUGGUCACGGCAGGGAAGAAAGCACAACCCAGCAUGUCCAUCCAGAUGAAAGCUCAACAAGAGGCAGCCAUGCGAGAUGGCAGCAUGCUCGACCACUUGGGAGUUCUGGACAACACCUACGUGCCACCUUCGGGCAAGAACCUCCCCUCAUAUUUGACCAAUUUCCGCGAACGAUGGCAGCUCCAGAAAUACAGACUUUUCUCCUUCCUCGACGGCAUAAAAGCCUACCCUAUGGCCUACUGGACGGUCAAACCCCGGCCAAAAAUGGAGAAGCGCAAGAUCCCCUCCAUCACACAGAACUUAUACGAGCAAAUGUACAGGCACUUUGCUGCGGGGACAAUAGCGCAAUUGGAGACGAAGGUCUCCCCGGGAUUGAUGUCGAGUUUGCGAAAUCGGAUGUCGGCCCGCGCGCCGAACAGCGCGCUGGUGUGGCAUUUACACAAGUAUUUUGGGAAGCCGGAGAUUGUGAGUUUCAAGUUUGUGUUGAUGCCGGGGGGUAAAGCAGAUGACAAGAGUGGGAUUGAGCAGGCUGUGGUGAAGAUUAAGAGCAAGCAGAGUCUGCAGCACAUUGAGCGCGUGAGGACGAGGGAGCCGAAAGGGAUGGCGGUGAAAGAGGUGGUGGUGGAUGGGCAGGGAAAGCCAGUGCCGGUGCAUCAGCUGGAGGAACAUCGCGAGCGAAGUGCCAAAAUUACGACGGAAUAUGUGGUUGUACAGCGUUUCCUGAAGAAGAGCGAGUUUGGACCUUGGCAUCUUUGGGGAACUACGGAGGAGACGAGCGUUGCGAACAUGAAGAAGCAGGCAAAAGCGUUUCGGGCUAAGAUGGCCCAGCAGCAGAAGAUGCAGGCUGCGAAGUGA